AUAACAGUAGUUACAGAAGACAGAAACCUAUGAAUGGGGCUAGCUAGUUCCCUAACAUGACCACACGUACCGCUGGAGAGAAGAUAGCAGAUGGCGACUACAAAGGUACCAGAGGUUCGUGACAUCACACGGAUUGAAAGGAUUGGUGCACAUUCUCACAUCCGUGGCCUGGGUUUGGACGAUGCUUUGGAGCCAAGACAGGUGUCUCAGGGGAUGGUAGGGCAGCUGGCCUCCCGUCGGGCAGCAGGGGUCAUUUUGGAGAUGAUCAAAGAUGGCCACAUCGCUGGCAGAGCAGUGCUGAUCGCUGGCCAACCUGGUACAGGAAAGACUGCCAUUGCUAUGGGCAUUGCCCAGUCUCUUGGCCCUGAUACACCCUUCACAGCAUUGGCUGGUAGUGAGAUCUUCUCCCUGGAGAUGAGCAAGACUGAGGCACUCAGCCAGGCUUUUAGGAAAGCCAUUGGGGUGCGGAUCAAAGAAGAAACAGAGAUUAUUGAAGGAGAAGUGGUGGAAAUCCAGAUUGAUAGACCAGCUACUGGAACGGGUGCUAAGGUAGGCAAGCUGACUCUAAAGACUACUGAGAUGGAGACAAUAUAUGAUUUGGGCAAUAAGAUGAUUGACAGUCUCAGCAAAGAGAAGGUUCAAGCAGGAGAUAUUAUUACGAUUGACAAAGCCACUGGAAAGAUCAGUAAGCUGGGCCGCUCCUUCACCAGAGCCAGAGACUAUGACGCCAUGGGAGCUCAGACACAGUUUGUACAGUGUCCAGAGGGAGAACUGCAGAAGAGGAAAGAGGUGGUCCACACAGUGUCCCUUCAUGAGAUUGACGUCAUCAACAGCCGUACACAAGGCUUCCUCGCUCUCUUCUCUGGAGACACCGGAGAGAUCAAGUCUGAAGUCCGUGAGCAGAUUAACGCUAAAGUCUGUGAGUGGAGGGAAGAGGGCAAGGCAGAGAUCAUUCCAGGGGUGUUAUUUAUUGAUGAGGUCCAUAUGCUGGACAUGGAGUGCUUUUCCUUCCUGAACCGUGCCCUGGAGAGUGACCUUUCCCCAGUCCUCAUUAUGGCCACCAACAGAGGCAUCACACGCAUUCGUGGCACAAACUACCAGAGUCCUCAUGGCAUCCCCAUCGACUUGCUCGAUCGCCUGCUCAUCAUUGCCACCUCCCCUUACACUGAAAAAGAGACGAGGCAGAUCAUCAAGAUCCGGUGUGAGGAGGAGGAUGUGGAGCUGAGCGAGGAAGCUCACACUGUCCUGACUCGCAUUGGCAUGGAGACGUCGCUGCGCUAUGCCAUCCAGCUGAUCAGCACUGCAGGACUGGUGUGUCGCAAACGCAAAGGGACAGAAGUUCAGGUGGAGGACAUUAAAAGGGUUUAUUCUCUGUUCCUGGAUGAGGCCAGAUCCUCUCAGUACAUGAAGGAGUAUCAGGAUUCCUUCCUCUUCAAUGAAACACAAGCACCUCCAAUGGACACCUCAUAAUGAAGAUGACUGCUUUGUUUCUUACUCUGAAGACUGUAUGUUGAUCGUUUCCUGCGGUUGGAGUCGAUUCAGAACUGGAUUUUCUUCAGAUUUACAUUUGGCAUUGAAUGACAUUGAACAGAUUUCAAAUAUAUGAUAUUCUGUACAUUUUUCUUCUCUGUUCAAUUUUAACAUUGAAUUCAUUAAUGAAAGUUCCCUUAAUUCCUUAUUUAGCACAGUUAUCUUAAAAUAUGUGUCCUUGUGGGAGGAAUAGUUAUUGCUUUACUGUUUUUUCUUGUUGACUUAUCUUUACAUGGUUUAUUUUUAAGAAAAUAAUUAAAUAGGCUUUUACAAGCACACACUUCUGUUUUCUUCUUUGUUUUCACUGAAUGAAAACAGACUUUGUUAGCUAGAAAAUGUUUAUUGGGACAUCAUACCACAAUGUUGAUUUGAUUUUACACCCCAAAGCAGACUAGUAUCAGUUUCUGUAUCAUAACACUGACUACAUUUAUUGUGUCCAGCAGAGACGUGUGAUCAUGUGGAAGAUGGUUAUUCUGUUGCUACCUCCAUUAAGUAAGCAAUUCCUCUCUGGGCUCAUUUAGUUUAGAUGUACCAGAAUGUAAUUUACAGUAAAUCUGUGUUACAGUUUUUAACGUAGUAUGUAAACAUGCAAAACAGACUUUAAAUGCAGUCUUGGUUGUAAAGGUCUGGCAGUGAGUGAGUUUAAGGAAACAGUUUAUAAAAUCUGAAAGAUGUGGUCAUUGAAUGUUUUUUGUUUUACAGCAUUUAAAUGAUAUCUAAACUUGAGUGUACUUUGACAGCUGUUGUGCUGUUCAUGUCAGCCAUUUUGAAAAGGGGAACUUUUUAGAGAGAGAUGUGGGUGAACAGUUGCAAAAAAAACUGUAACUGGACAUAAGUAUGUAAUGCUUUUGAAUUUGCUACCACAAGGUGGAGCCCAAAGGUCUCAGCAGUAGACACAAUUUCUACUUGCCUAAGACGCCUCCCCUCUCUUCCAAAUAAUCCGACUUUACCUGCUACACCGUGGUCGUUUUUUGAUGGGUCAACAAGCUCAACAUGUCAAAACGUCCCAAACUGUCUGGUGCCCAGGGGAGGAAAAAAAGAAAAGAAGAGGAGGAAAAA